UCUGCUGGUGGCCGGGAGGUAGAACCCUAAAACAUGAAGCUGGCAGUGGUGUUGGCGUGCUUUGUGGUCUUCUGUCUGGCAGAGAAACCCCUUCCCUGCACUAGCCCUCCUCUUUUGACCGGGGGGCUCACUGUGACCACACAGAAUGAGAAAGUCGGGAUAUUCGGCAAAUACCUGUACGAUGCUGUGGGGCAGCGAGUGCGGCUCUUUGACAUUGGCAGCUUUCAGAACCAGACGUUCACCGCAGAUGUCCUGCUGCACUACACAGAGGCUGCCAUGUAUGAGAUCGAUGAUGCCAAACGAACAUGCAAGAAGAGCCCACUAAAGGCAGACUUCCAACCUCUGAAGAUUCCCCAAGAUGCGUUUCUGGUAAGCCGGACUGUGUUGGGCAGCUCUUCUGUUCCGGAACAAGGACUCCUGGUGAACAACUGGUAUGGAAAGUUACCUGACAAAUCAGGAAAUUUUGUAAGUAUAGUGACUAAAUUGGGGUGCUUUCCUGUGAGGUCAUCCUACCAAACGAAGGAGUUUGGAUGGGUGGCAACAGAGUAAGUUUUGGUGAUAACCUCUGAGAAAGCAGAAUGUAUCAUGUGUGCAUGCAUCCCAUAAUUGUUUUGUUUCUGUUUUUACGAUAAUGUCAUUGGAAUUACCAAUCCCAAUCUGCUGGAGCCCCCAGAGUUUUGUGCUGGUGCUGUGAUGGACGUGGAGGCAGAGCCGAGAAACUAUCUCAGUUUUUACGCCAAGGAGAACUGAGUCCAGUUACCUUCAAUCAAACAGUCUUACCUCUUUCUUUAGAAUGUUUUUUUAAGAUCAUAACUAGUAUUAUUUUACUCUGCCUUUCUGAAAGAAAACUGAGGAUCAAGUAUUGUCUCAAUAAAACCAUCUGAGA